UUUUUGUCGCGCAUGUCGGGUCAAAUCCGAAAAUCCAUCCGACCGGAGAACCCGAACCGAAACCCAAGCACGUUUCUCGAUUUCUUCAUCUCAGAACACACGGUCUGACAGUACACGCAAAUCUCUUUGAUUCUUACAGGACCGCUAUGGAGGUUGCGACCAUUUCUUGUUCACACUUGUUACCCCCCACGCGCCCACGCGCCGUUCUGUCUGCGAAAAGGAGCACAGCCGCAGCUUCUUUAUCCACCAAUUUUCUAUAUCCGUUCACCGGCGGCAGCGUUUCCGGCGACUUCACCGGACUCAAGAUUCGACCCCCUUGUCUUAACCCACUUGCCCCCCUUUCUUCUAGUCCCAAACGAGGCGUGGUCACCAUGGUAAUUCCUUUUUCAAGAGGAAGUGCAUGGGAGCAACCUCCUCCGGAUCUGGCAUCUUAUUUGUACAAAAAUCGAAUUGUUUAUCUGGGCAUGUCUUUAGUUCCAUCUGUCACUGAAUUGAUACUGGCAGAGUUUCUCUAUCUUCAGUAUGAAGAUGAGGAAAAGCCAAUUUAUCUUUACAUAAAUUCCACAGGGACAACCAAGGGUGGCGAGAAGUUGGGAUAUGAAACAGAAGCUUUUGCAAUUUAUGAUGUCAUGAGUUAUGUCAAGCCUCCUAUUUUUACACUGUGUGUGGGAAAUGCUUGGGGUGAAGCUGCCUUACUAUUAGCUUCUGGUGCCAAAGGGAAUCGUUCGGCCUUGCCCUCAUCGACAAUAAUGAUAAAGCAGCCAAUUGGAAGGUUUCAAGGCCAAGCGACCGAUGUCAACCUUAUGAGAAAAGAAGUCAAGAAUGUGAAGACAGAAUUGGUAAAUCUCUAUGCAAAGCAUAUCGGAAAAUCACCAGAGCAAAUUGAAGAGGACAUUCGACGUCCAAAGUAUUUUAGUCCUAGUGAAGCACUUGAAUAUGGCAUCAUCGAUAAGGUUCUUUACAAUGAGAGAGGCAGCGAGGACAGAGGGGUUUUGUCAGACCUAAAAAAGGCACAACUUAUAUAAUUUUGUGAAAAGUGGGACUAGUUCUUUAGCGAAGUUGAGGUACGAUAAGCACUCUGUUUUACCAGCAAUCACUUGAAGUCAUAGUUUCCUCAUCUUUUGCUGCAGCGACCGCCAAUCGUUAUACUCUAGUGAUGUUGAGUAAAUGAUAGAAAUUGUACUUAUUUUCUAUAAUGUCUCGGCGUCCCUGCAACACAAAGUUCUUUUGAUACCUUUAGGACAGUAAUAGCAGAUUUGUUGCUUGAAGAUAGAAAGGUUUUAGCCACCUGAUUCCUGUUGAUGUUUGAGCUACCUCAUUGUUUAUGUUGAUGCAUUGUCCUUGUUGUGACAGCAUUGCUAACUAAAUGCUCAUAUUUUCUUCGGUUUAAUGAUGUGAAGGCACAUGUGGAGUUGUACUACAAGAGCAAGUGGCUGUUAGAUUGAGAAACUUGAGGCUACCUUUCAGACCUCCCAUGGUGCUCUAUCAAUUUGUUCUUUUCUCCA